CCCCCGAGCUCGUCCCGCCGGCUGCGGCCUCACCCGCUGCUUCCCCGGCAGAAAAUCGAGCCGGAGGUGGACGCGUUCCUGCGGGAGCUGCGGCAGAGGGUGCACAUCGGCGUGGUGGGAGGCUCCGAUUAUGCCAAGAUAGCCGAGCAGCUGGGGGAAGGGGACGAAGUCAUUGAUAAGUUUGACUACGUGUUCGCAGAGAACGGCACGGUGCAAUACAAGAAUGGGCAGCUGGUCUCCAAGCAGGCCAUUCAGGACCACUUGGGGGAGGAGCUGCUGCAGGAUCUGAUCAACUUCUGUCUCAACUACAUGGCGCUGCUGAAGCUGCCCAAGAAACGAGGGACCUUCAUUGAGUUCCGCAAUGGAAUGCUGAACAUCUCCCCCAUCGGCCGGAGCUGCACCCCCGAGGAGCGAAUCGAGUUCUCCGAGCUGGACAAGAAAGAGCGGAUACGGGAGAAGUUUGUGGCAGCCUUGCAGAGGGAAUUUGCUGGCAAAGGCCUGCGUUUCUCUCGAGGUGGCAUGAUCAGCUUUGAUGUCUUCCCAGAAGGCUGGGACAAGCGUUACUGCCUCAAUGUGCUCGACGAUGAGAGAUUCGAGACCAUCCACUUCUUUGGGAAUGAGACAACCCCUGGAGGGAACGAUUAUGAAAUCUAUGACGAUCCCCGCACUGUAGGACACAGUGUCCAGUCCCCCCAGGACACGGUCCAGCGAUGCCGCGAAAUCUUCUUUCCAGAAAGAGCAAACGAGUGCUGACUGCCCUGUCCCUGCAGCCCUGCCCCAGUCCCACCCUCUCCCCCCACCAGGAAAAGCACCUUCAUUUGAGGAAUCUGCUCAGGGUAGACCAAAAAAACCACUUGACAGAGCUGGUCAGGAUGUCACACGUGAGUGUGGGUGGGUGGCAGGAGGGGGCCUUGGCUGAGCGGCCCCUCAGCGCUCCCGGUGUGUGGGGUCAUGGCACCAGACCCUCCUCCCUCCAGAGAGACUUCUCUUGACGGCUCAGCUGUGGUGGGCAGUGAUGCAGAUGCUUUUGUGGUUGGAAAGCAUUUGAAAGGGCCAAAGAGUGAGUGUGUGUCUGUCCUGCACUCUCUCUCCUCUCCUUUUCCACUCGGUUUCUCUUCACACUUGUGCAUGAGGGAACACGUGGCUCACCUUUCUCCCCCUUGCACCUUGGCCAGAGAGGCUGGGGCUGCUGAGGCUCGAGGUAUUCACCAGAGCUGCUCCUUUGCAGGAGGCCGGGAAGGCUGUUUGCUUGAAGCCUGUGGUAGGAAGGAGCAGCUGAGAUCCCAGCUUGUUGCACCAUUGUGCUUUCUAAUGGAGAGGUCACCAUGUCCUUCCCCUCGUUGCCACAGUGUGCCAGUCCCUCCCUGCAGAUGACCUGGGAACGACAGCUUUAAUAUGACUAGGCUGCUGCUCUGAGCCUUGUUCGGGUCCAUGAAAAAAACAAUUCUUGUCUUUAGCUUACAAAAAACACCUAGGGUUUAUUUUCUGUAUUACUCUUUAUUUUCAAGUCAGACCUUGCCUGGCACAGCUCGAGGAUCCUGGCACUUCAUGCUAUGGAACAGUUUGGGGUAGAAGGCUUUCCAGUGGUCUUCCCACUCCUGUGUCCAUGGGGCAUCACUGAAUCACAGAAUUGUUAGGGUUGGAAGGGACCUCUGGAAAUCAUCCAGUCCAAACCUCCUGCCAAGGCAUGGUCACUCUGAGCAGGUAACAGGAAUGUGUCCAGGUGAGUUUUGAAUGUCUCCAGAAAGGGAGACUCCCCAGUCUCCCUGGGCAGCUUGCUCCAGUGCUCUGCCACUCUCAACAUAAGAAGUUCUUCAUGUUGAAAUGGAGCCUCAUAUGUUUUAGUUCAUGGCCAUUGCUCAUCAUCCUGUCAGUGGGCACCACCAGAGAGAAUCUGGCACCAUCCUCUUGGCAUCUGCCUCUGCAAUAUUUAUAUGCAUUAAUGAGAUCGUCUCUCAGUUUUCUCUAGACUAAACAGGCCCAGCUCUCAUAGUCUCUUCUCAUAAGAGAGAUGUGUCCUUAUGAAACCUUACCCAGGGCAUUCCUAACAGACCAAGUCCCCUUCCCUCCCCAGAGCUCAGUUUUCCAUCCUGCUGCCAGAGACAUUUUCAGCAGCCAUACCUGGUUCAUAGAGCUGCUGGAGGUACCUGCACAGCAGUGCCCUCCAAGCUUGCUCUUCCCCCCCAUCUCAUCCCACACACUCAGUUUACAGGCUCACCUUUAGGGAGACAGGAUGUCCAGUGCAAUUGUCAUAUGUCCUGUUCCUCUCCCUGGAUCUUUGUGGGUUGCAAACCUACAUCACUCCUUCAGCCUUUGAUCUUCUCCAUCACAUUGUCUUUUUCUUCCUGGCAGUUUCAUUGUGAUGUGUGGCCACAACGGUGACACUUGUCACAACUUGGUGCUCAAAAGGAGCUCAGGGGUCCCCUCCAGGGAGAUGUCCUGCUUGUAGCUCCCCAGGGUACACAGAUCUGGUGUUUGUGGACCUGGAGAAUGCUGGAGGUUUCUGCAAACCAUCCCCCAUUGUUCCCCAGGAGCCUUUCUCACCCCAUCCCUGCUGAUAUGGCUCUGCCCUUUCUCUUGGUCCUGUUUUCUCUCCCUUU